AUGUACGCCUUCCGUGUGCUGAUUCUGUCCCUCGUGUCGAUCGGCGUACAUUCCAGCUAUGCCCUGCCACCGUCCACGUUCGGUGAAGCCUUGGCCAGUGCCGGUCAAUUAUCGAACAAACUGAAGGAAACGGCAGCAUGGAAAACAUUCACCGGCAUCGCACGUGACUCGGACUCGAUCAACUCACUCGUCCGGAUCAUACCGCGCACGACCAUGGGCUUCGUGCGCGAUGUGGUCAGCUCGUUCAAGCGCGAGUCCCGUGCCAUCAUACUCACCAAAAACGGUGCACUGGAGGGCCGGCUGCAGCAGGUGAAGGGUGGCGGUUCCGGGUCGUUUUACGCCUUCAAAGGCAUCCGGUACGGGCAGCCACCGGUCGGGGAGCGUCGGUUCCGAGCCCCGCUACCGGAGGAACCGUGGAAAGGGGUCCGCAGUGCGACACGUGAGGGUUCCGUCUGUCCGCAUCGCAACAUGAUACUGGACAACUACAAGGGCAACGAGGACUGUCUGUUCCUCAACGUGUACUCGCCGGAGCUGCCGAUCGGCGAGGACAAUCCGCAGCUGCCGGUGAUGGUGUGGAUCCAUGGCGGUGCUUUCUCGUUCGGGUCCGGCAAUGCGUUCCUGUACGGGCCGGACUAUCUCGUGCCGAACGGAGUGGUGCUGGUGACGUUCAACUAUCGGCUCGGACCGCUCGGAUUCUUGAGCGUGGGUCGGGACGCACCGGGCAACGCGGGCAUCAAGGAUCAGGUGUUGGCACUGCGCUGGGUCCAGGAAAACAUCGCCGCGUUCGGCGGUAAUCCCGAAGAUGUGACCAUCUUCGGACAGUCGGCCGGAUCGGUGUCGGUGCAGCUGCUCACACUGUCCCUCCUGUCGAAGGGACUGUUCCACAAAGCGAUCGCCCACAGCGGUUCGGUGCUGAACCCUUGGGCUAUCGCCCGUGACACCAAAGAUCGUGCAUUCAAGCUCGCCCAACUGCUGGGCAUUCGGACGAACGAUACCGACGAGCUGCUGGAGCAGCUGCGUCGGACCGCCCCGCAGAAGAUUGUCGACGCGGCCCUCAAAACGCUCACCGCGGAAGAUGUGCGCAAAAACAUCGGGUUGCCGUUCGUGCCAUCGCUGGAGGAUUGGACCGGUGAGGAUGCCUCGGACGAAGUGCCGCUGAUCGUGGAGGAACCGCUGGAACUGCUGAAGAGCGGCCGGUACCAUCAUGUGCCGGUGAUCACCGGUUUCAAUUCGCACGAAGCGAUGCUGUUUAUGCGACGGUUACGCAAGGAUCCAAAUUUGCUCCAAACGCUCGACGCCGACUUUGAGCGACUGAUACCGUUGAAUUUGCAGCUGGAUCGGGAGUCGCACGAGGGCAAGGAAUUCGCGGCACGGAUGAAGCGAUUCUACAUGGGGGAAAGGCGCGUCUCGAACGAAACCAUCCAGGAGAUGAUGAACCUCAUGUCGGAUGUAAUGUUCCUGCACGGUAUCACCGACUACGCCCGCUUGCACGCGUCCCACAAUGGGCUAAACUCAACCUGGGUGUAUCGGUUCGCGUACGACGGUGCGCUCGGGAUCUACAAGCGGAUACUGGGCAUUGACUGGCCCGGUGCGUGUCACGGGGACGAGCUCGGAUAUCUGUUCCACUUCGGCGUGCUCAAUCUGCGCUUGGACAACACCUCACCCGAGCUGCAGGUGAUGCACAAGAUGACCCGCAUGUGGUCCAACUUUGCCAAGUACGGAAAUCCCACCCCGUUUGGAGAGGAUGAGCUGGUGCUAGGCAUCAACUGGCCGUCGGUGAUACCGAACACGAUGACCGAGCUACCCUAUCUGGACAUUACCGGGACGCUCGAGGGUAAAACGAACCCCGAGGCAGUGCGGCUACAGUUCUGGGACGAAGCGUUCAGCAAGUACAAUGGCAAUCUGUUGUAA